UAUGAGUAACCAUAUCGCUAAACUCCAAGAAAAAAAAUAUCAUAUAUUAAGAUUAAAAGACGAGUAUGAGAAUAUUUUAAGAAAUUUAAAUAAUAGAAGUACGUUACUAGGAGUACAUAUAUCUGGAGCAAUUUUGACUAUUAUUAUUGGAUCAAUAAUAUUAUGGGCAGAAAAAAAUAAAUUAAUUGGAAAACUCGGAUCUAUUACAACAUCUAGCAUCGCAGGCUUAAGUGGAAUUAUAACUUUUAUAUUUUCUAUCGGAAAAACCUUCAUAAAUAAUACCAAAGAAAAUAAUCAAAAUAAGGCAAUCCGUGAAAAUGAAUUUAAACCUAGAGAUUUAAGUAUACCUGAUGAACUUUUAAAGGAUCUACCUGAUGGUCCAAUAUUAGAAUUUAUAAAAUUUUUAAAUUAUCUAAAUGAUCAAAUAAUUAAAGAAAAAGUGGUUGGUUUGAGUUUUAUGAUUUUAGCAUCUGCUUAUAUGAUUGGUAUUGCGUUUGUUUCAGUUAUAACCAAUAUUGACUCUCCAAAAAUUGAUUUUGAUACAAGAAUUUCUCAAUUGGCAUUAAGUGUUAUAGUAAUUGGGUUAAUAUGGUUUUUUUAUACCAUAGGCAGAAAAAUAACAGAAAAUAUAAGAAUAGAAUUUUUAUGGUUAAGAAAAGAAUAUAAAAACACUAUUGAAUUGCUUUUGUGUGGAUUGUAUAUAAAGGAUGAACCACGAGAACCACGUGACUCAUUUGGACGUGUAAUGCGUCCACCUCCCACUUAUUCCAGUCCU